UAUCAGGAACUAUGGCCAAACAAGGCAUCAUCCUCUAUAUAAAGGCAGGGUGCCACCAUGAAGGCUCCUCAGCGACCCAACACAUUAACCUGACACUCCCUCAUCAUGGCUCAUCAGACUGACCUCAACAAGGUGGGAAGAGAAGCAUUCGGCUUGCUCGAGGAGUACCUGCGCAGGAGAGGACCACCACCACCACCACCGCGUAGCAACACACACCAGUACUACAACUACGCUCCCCCAAAGAACGUGCUGCACAGCGUCAGAGAUCCUAAGGAAUUUGAUGGAGUUCUAAUUGUCACCCGCAGGGUUCCCUGGCGAAACCAUGAUACUUACGGUACGUACCUAAGAAAGAUGGAGGAGCUCCAGUAUAGGUAGGUAGCUUCAGCGAGGAAGUGAUCAGCAUGUGUGGUGUGCUAAAAGCAGUGUACCUCUCUUCAGAGAAUGCUCAAAUGAAGUGUAAUAAAUAAAUACUACUUUUAUGAUAUGUAAAGGCCAUUUUAGCUUCUGGUAAAUGCUUAUAAUUAAUCUUAUUUAAUAGUUUUUCUUUUCUUAUUGUGCACUUUGGAGAGCAGGAAGUGCAUGUUUGUCGAGAAGUAAGCUUAGCUUGCAUGGUGUUUGGACCUUAUGCAUGACUACAGGUCAUCUGAUGAAGGGUAAACGAUUUUGAUUGACCAAGUAAAAGAUAAGAUUCAUAUUGGAAAUGGUCGGUGGAAAGAAGAGAACUAUAUUUGCAAUAACCUUUAUACGUGAGGCCGUGAAAUGAGCUUUCACUAAAGAUUUGACUGUUUGAGGCUAAAAUAGAUGGAAAACCCUAUGAUGACUCACUAUUACAAGAAAAAGCAUUUACUCGAGUUAUAUAAGCAGGCCAAAAUCACUAUUUUCGUAUCAUUUUUCUUUGUUCUUCUCCUCGCUUGAGGAGAUCAAGUUGGAAUAAAAGGAAGGGCUUGAAUCAAGGGCAUGAUACCCAGCCAGCCAUGGCUUCAAAGAUGGUCUUAGACUUGUUUUGCUUCACUGUUCUCGUCCUCUGCAUGGCGAAUCCCAGUUUAGAGCAGGAAAUUUUCGACCCCAUGGAUUUCGAGGCAAUGGGUGAUGGUGAAACCGAUGACGGUCAGGUAGCUUUUGUUUGGGUUGCGGUGUAACAUUUCGUUCGACGUUGGUGUGGACAGACAUUCUCCUCGUACACUGCAGGCCUUGGUCGAUGCUUGGGACUCGGCAUGCGAACAUCGCGCACCGGCCAUCUUUGUGAUCCCGAAGAGGACCUUCUUGGCCGGUCCGGCGACCUUCGAAGGCCCAUGCAGAGUCACACCCAAGGUUCAAAUUCUUGGGACGGUGAAGGCUGUUCCCAGCAUGAACGACUACUACAAUCCCGGGUGGUUCGAGUUCAAGCAUCUCAAUGGGUUGGAGAUCGGUGGCGGCGGAACCCUGGAUGGCCAGGGAGCUGCGUCUUGGAAUAAGACCAACUGCCCUCCCAAAAGAAGCUGCAAAAGCCUUCCUAUCUCCAUGAGGUUGUUGAGGGUGAGCAACGCAACGAUCUCUAACCUUACUUUCAUGAAUAGCAAGGGCUUCCACAUCGGCCUGCAGCAGAGCUCGUCCGUCACCAUCAGUCGCCUCCGGAUAUCGGCGCCCGCCGACAGCCCCAACACCGACGGCAUCCACAUCAGCAGAUCCGACAACGUCAUGCUCACCAGCCUCAACAUCGGCACUGGCGACGACUGUAUCUCCAUAGGCCAAGGCGUGAACAAUCUGCAGAUAUCGGAUGUCACUUGCGGCCCCGGCCAUGGCAUCAGCGUGGGGAGUCUGGGCAAGUACAUGAACGAGGAGGACGUGUCCGGGGUGAGCGUCCGGAAUUGCACGGUGUCGGGGACGACCAACGGAGUUCGGAUCAAGACGUGGCCGGGAUCGCCGCCGAGCCAGGCUUCAAACUUCACGUUCGAGGAUAUCAUCAUGCACAACGUCUCCAACCCCAUCAUCAUCGAUCAACACUACUGCCCCGACCAUGACUGCGUCGUUUCGGUAAGUCCCAACCCGUUCUUCCCGACCUGCUGUUCUGUGUUUGCGCACGAACGUUGAAGAGUGGUCCUGCUCCGGGCGAUGCAGCCGUCUCGGGUGAAGAUCCAGAACGUGACGUUCAGGAGAAUUCAAGGGACCUCGAACGAUCCCGUAGCGGUCAAACUGAUGUGCAGCGAAACCAUGGCUUGCGAGAACGUGCACCUCCAGGACAUCAGCCUCAUCAUGGAGAACAACACAGCCACUUCUAACAUAACCUCCUCUUGCUCCAAUGUGAAGGGGGUGGCCGUGGGGCUUCAGAACCCCGAAUCAUGUCUUUAUUAAGGCGGCCUUUUGAGAGGCUUGUAACCACGCAAUUUGAUCUCCUUAUAUGCGAACAGUAGCUGAC